CUCUUUCUCCACAAACCAUGGACGCCACCGUCACCGCAUCCCCAAUACCCGACCCGAACCCGAGCCCGGCCCCAGUCUCCUGUUGGAGCAACAUUGUCAAGAAGCAGCCGGACCCGAAGCCCCAAAACUCGGCCUCCGACGCCUCAAUCGCCGCCGGCAAAGUCUUGGUCGAAAGCUGCAAGUCCUCCAAGGGCAUAGCCGUCGCCGUCGUCGACGCCAAUGCUAUCAUCCAGGGCGGCGAGACCCUCGCCCACUGCGCCGACAAGUUCGUCUCCGUGCCCGAGGUCAUGGCCGAAAUCCGUGACCCUAUCUCCCGCCACCGCCUCGCCGUCGUCCCCUUCCAGGUCCAGACCAUGGAGCCCUCCCCUGAUUCCCUCAACAAAGUUAUUAAGUUUGCCAGGGCUACCGGGGAUUUACAGACACUUUCUGAUGUGGAUAUUAAGCUCAUUGCUAUGACUUAUACAUUGGAGGCUGAGAUACAUGGCACUGAGCAUCUUAGGGAGUGCCCUCCGCCGGUGCAUACUGUCAAUGUGAGGAGGUUGCCAGAGAAGGACUUGCCCGGGUGGGGAAACAAUGUGCCGAAUUUGGAAGAGUGGGAAGCGCUGGAGAAUGAAGCCGAGCUUAAGUUGAACCCCGAGUCUAGGAUUCUUCCGUUGAAGGAUAUAAACUUGAAUGUUAUUGAUGAGUCCGAGGGCCGGUCUGUUGAUGGUUCUGCUGUGGUGGAAGUUAAGAGUGACGUUUGUAGUGAGAAUCAGGAGGGUGGUGAGGGAAAUCAGGGGAGACAUAGGAGGUUUUUUUCGAAGAAGAAAGAGGUGAAGAUUGAAGGGAAGAUGGUUUCUGACGGAAUUGAUGCGUCCCAGGGACAAGUUGAUGAUAAUGCUGGUGAUUGGAUGCCUGCUGUCAGUCGAAGUACGCAUAGGAGGUUUUUGAGAAGGAAAGCUAGACGCGAGUCUUGUGAGGCAUCUGCCAAUAACGAUUCUCAGCAAGAUGCUGAAGAAAAGUCAAGUGGUGACGUAAUUGUGGACGCUAAAGGCCAGGAUCAAACAUUGCCUUCUAACUCUGAAGAGGGAUGUUGCAGAGCUGUGGAGAGAGAGAUGACAGUGGAGAAGAAUUGUGAUGAAGACCUUUCCUCAAUCCUGGAGCAAACAAGGCAGAAUGGGGUUGAGGAUAAUAAUUUCAACGCAGGGGAAAGCACUUCUGAUAAUGGUGUGAAUUUGUCUGUUGAGGGAGAUGAGGCUGAAGUGAUAAAUGAAGGACUGGAUCACCUGGAGAUCUCAAGUGAUAAUGACGAAAGUGUGGAUACAUCAAAUGUGAACGAUGAUAGUAGUGAGCAGAGCUGGAUGCUACGAUCCUUGUCUGAGUCUAGUGUAGCUUGUAUAACAAGUGAUUUUGCAAUGCAAAAUGUUAUUCUGCAAAUGGGUUUACGGUUGUUGGCACCUGGAGGAAUGCAGAUCUGCCAUCUGCAUAGGUGGAUUUUGAAAUGUCAUGCUUGUAACACUGUGACCGCUGAAAUUGGGAGAAUGUUUUGUCCAAAGUGUGGAAAUGGUGGUACCUUGCGCAAGGUAGCUGUAACAGUGGGUGAGAAUGGGAUUAUUCUUGCGGCACGUAAGCCUCGGAUCACGUUGCGUGGCACAAGAUUUUCACUUCCUUUACCUCAAGGUGGAAGAAACGCCAUUACUAAGAACCCAGUUUUACGUGAAGAUCAGCUCCCACAAAAGUACCUUCAUCCAAAGACAAAAAAGAAAGCAAAUAAGCCGGGAGAUGACGACCUAUUCACUUCCAGUAACUUCAUCUUCCACCACCACUCUGAUAAGAAGGCUCCUUUGCAGCCUCCAAUAAGGAAGGCAUUAGCUGCUUUCAGUGGAAGAAGGAAUCCCAACGACAAUCAUUAUUCACAUUCCAGGCAUUAAUAGUGUGUUCAACUGCCUUCUGUUUGUUAAAAAGUCUUGUAUUUCGUUCUAAAAGAUUUUUCUGGGUACAUUAGUUUCUCAUAUAUCUAAGGGCAACAUGGUUGAUUAUAAUCAUACUUCUCUUUAUGUACUAAUUUCCUCCCUUUAUGCACUCCUUUGUGAACAUAAACAAAUGCCUAAAGGUUCAAUUUUGUAGCUGACUUUUUAUUAUUUAUGAGUGGCUUGAAUUCUAU